ACACCAAAUCAAAGAGGAACCAUAGUAUAGCAUCACCAACUCAAAAAAAGAGAUUUUUCAUUUAAAACAAAGAGAGAAAUAGGAAGAGAGGUGAAGCACCAAGUGGCCAUGGAGGUUGAUUCCCUUUUCUUUCUCUUCAUCUUUGCUUUCCUUUAUAUGGUAUCUUCUCUAGGUUUCUCUCUAAUCAAUACCCAAUAGUUGAAAAUCGCAUAUUUGAAGUCUUCGAGAUAAGAUUCCUCAGAAAGGACUCAAAUUGCAUGUGGGAUUUUGGUUUCACAAAAUUCAGAUUGCUUAGUGAGGAGGAAAAGGAAGUAGCAGCCAGAAAGUGAUAGCAAAAGAAGAACUUGAAGGAGUCGAAGAUGGCGGCUUCUUCUUCAUCGGUACCUUUUUUCGCAAAUAUUCGAGAAGAAGAUCAAAACCAGAUGAAGCAACAGCAUUCCAGUACUGCACCAACAUCAUCUACCGUUCAAGCUGCACCACCACCUCAGAAGAAAAAGAGAAAUCAACCUGGAACACCAAAUCCAGAUGCGGAGGUGAUAGCACUAUCUCCCAAGACCCUAAUGGCAACAAACAGGUUCAUAUGUGAGGUAUGCAACAAAGGGUUCCAAAGGGAGCAAAACCUACAGCUUCACAGAAGAGGACACAACCUGCCUUGGAAGCUAAAGCAGAAGACUACAAAAGAACCAAAACGCAAGGUUUAUCUGUGCCCCGAGCCCACAUGUGUUCACCAUGACCCUUCAAGGGCUCUGGGAGACCUCACUGGGAUUAAAAAACACUACUCUCGUAAGCACGGUGAGAAGAAAUGGAAGUGUGAGAAGUGUUCCAAGAGGUAUGCUGUGCAGUCUGAUUGGAAAGCCCAUUCCAAAACCUGUGGCACUAGAGAAUACAGAUGUGACUGUGGCACUCUCUUCUCUAGGCGUGAUAGUUUCAUCACUCAUAGGGCCUUUUGUGAUGCAUUGGCUCAGGAAAGUGCAAGACAACCUCCCAACUUGGGCAGUACAAUUGGGAGUCACUUAUAUGGAAAUAGCAACAUGGGGUUGGGAUUAUCUCAAGUGGGUCCUCAAAUUUCCUCAAUGCAAGACCAAAACAACCAAUCCAACGAUAUGCUACGACUCGGCAGUGGCCGUCCCAGCCAAUUCGAUCAUCUCCUUCCACCCGGGAUUGGUUCCUCUUUCCGACCACCACAUCCGAUGCAUUCUUCGGCUAUGUUCAUGCAAGAUUCAAGCCAAAACUAUCAUCAAGAACACCAAUCUCAACAAGGGUUAAUGUCAGAGAAACCAUUUCAUGGACUAAUGUCAUUUUCUGAUCUUCAAAACAGCACAACCAAUAACCCUCCUCCAGCUGGAACCAAUCUCUUCAACCUUGGCUUCAUGUCCAAUACAAGUUCUAAUAGCAGUAGCAAUGCCAACAACAACAACACCAGUCUUCCAUCUUCAGCCAUGCUAAUGCCUAACCAUUUCAACAAUGAAAAUAGCAGUGGUGGAGGCAGUGAAGGGUCUAAUCUCUUUUCCAAUAACAUGAUGGUUGAUCAAAUCACUUCUGGUGUCCCUUCUCUCUAUACUACCUCAGUUCAAAGCAACACUGCUAUGCCUCAUAUGUCAGCAACUGCACUGCUUCAAAGGGCUGCUCAAAUGGGUUCAACUUCAAGCAAUAACAACACUAGUUCCUCUCUGCUAAGAUCUUUUGGAAGCUCUUCCUCCAAAUCUGAAAGACAAGUUGUACCAGGUGGCUUAAGCAGCAUGUUUGGAGAGAAUAAUGAGAACCACUUCCAAGACCUAAUGAACUCCUUUACUAGUGGAAACUCCUCCAUUUUUGGAAGCAAGUUUGGUCCAUAUGAUACAAAUAGGACCAACUUAGAACUCAUGGAUCAGGAACCCAAUAAUAAGCCAAAUCAAAAUCUGAGUGGUGGUGGUGGAGGAUCUGGGUCUGACAGGUUAACAAGGGACUUUCUUGGGGUUGGACAAAUAAUGAGAAGCAUGAGCGGAGUUUCACAAAGAGACCAGCAACAACGUCAACAGCAGCAGCAGCAGCAGCAACAGCAACAUGGCCUUGAUAUGAGCUCCUUGGACUCAGACAGAAAUACGGCGCCGUCAAGCCAAUCUUUUGGAGGUGGAGGGAAUUUUCAGUGAGGAAAAAGAUGAAGAUAGUACACAGGGACUCGUACUUGUUCCAUUGCGAGGCAUCUUUCUCCUGAUCGAAUUCAGUUUUUUUUUUUUUGGAUGCGUCAUGUUUUGACUCCUUAAGCUCAAACCCAUUGGAGUUUUGGUUUCACAACAAAGUCAGGCAACUUAAGCUUCUUCAAGCUGCAUCCUUUUUUUUUUCUGCUACCCUUUAAGUGUAUUGAGGUUUCAAUCUCAGCUAGAACUUUUUCGUAGUUUGAAUGACUUUAGCAGAUAAUCCAUUUCUGUUUCGUUUUGAAUUAGUGUGACUUUAUGUACUAAUAGUAGUUAUUACUAAGACAAAGAACAUAGGAACUUUGAACCAAAAAAAUACUCAUAUAAUUUGUGCAACUGUUGAGGUCAGAAAACCCUCAUGAAAUGAUUGAGGAAACUUUUGCCAAAUAAGUUUGACGGAUAACAUGUGGGCUGUAGUUGGAAAUGAAAUACCUCAAGCAACUUUUGCCCUUUU